AGUCGGCGAGUGUCUGUGGACAACAGAGGUUCCCGGCACUCGUCACUUCCUUCCAGUCUGUCCAGGCCCAGCACACUCCCUCCUCCCGCAAUCCGCCAGCUGUCUUCUUCGUCUAUUGGUCCGAAGAUACAAGUACACGCCCCUUCACCGAUGAAAGCUACGAACUCGGGGCAUGCGCUCAUAAAUGGAGAACCUCCCUCUAGCUCCCGCCGAGAUGAGAAAGAUCCAGCCAAGAAACGGCCUGUGGAUCCUGCACCCGUGGCGCCGACACCGACACCGACACCGCCUCUACUCACGCCGGGUACUUUCGAAGUGCGCGACUCUGCCUACUCUUCGGCGACUCGGUGGACGCGUGAAUAUCCCUGGGUCGGACGCGAACACGAUCAGUACUUCUUGUCUGAGCACGGUCAUGCGCGACGUGACGAUCCUGACCCCAAGCACCUACUCCACCUUAGCGCCGGGAAGAAUGACAUGGUGCCCCGCAGUUCAGGUCCCAUUCCACAACAGCAACAGCCCUCAUCCAGCCAUUGGGAACGCGGGAACAAGAGGGAUGACGUAGCGCGGGAGGUCGUGCCACCGACCAUAAGAGAGAACCUUGGCCUGGAGGGCAACGGCCACGUCCACGCACAGCACACACAUAGCAUGGACAAGAUAUCUCAACCCGACCGACGGAGAGCAGGCGAGGCGCGGGGGAAGAGCCCAGAGCUUGGGCAAGGACAGGACAAGGGGCACGGUGAGGGGGCGACAACGGGCACAGCGAACGGCCACGGACGGCAUCACCACGAGAAGAGCCCAUCGGAAAGGACACCGACUCCAGAGAAGGCUGUACAUGCGCCCAAGUCGCAGGCGGCGCGGCGUGAAACCGCGAUGUCGGGCUGGGUCAUGGUCAACGUCGAGCCGCAGGACAAGAAGAAGGCCUCGAGCCACAGCCCCUCGCCCACGCGGCCGAGCGUGCGGCAACGGCGCAGCAACUCAGACUCACGCAUCCUGCGCACCGACACGCGGAGCCCCGUGGGCCAGGCGCCUGCGCCCGCGACCAUGUCGGCCGCGGCGAAGACGAUUGCGAUGAUCGACGCCGUCGACGCCCGCGAGCGCGGAAACGAGAAGUCAUCCGUUGGCGGGCUGAAGCGGAUUUUCCAUAGAUCGAAGGGCUUAGAUGGGAAGAAGAGUACACCUGAGGGGGGCGUUACGAAGAACAGGAGUUUAGAUCAGGAGGAGAAGUCGAAGACGAGAGGGCCGACGCCGCAGGCGGUGAAGCUGAAUGACAAGCGGAUAGUUUUGGACUGAUGGCUCUGUCGACUCGAUGUGAAUGAGCUCAUAGACAAUUCCAAGAACUGCUGGAUGAAGUCAAUACACUGUACCAUGUAUCUGGGCAAACUUCAAGAUGGAUACCAUAAUUAUGGGACUUUUCACUCAACUUUGGCUAUGCAGGACAUUGCUUCGCGCCGUAUGUGUGUAC